AUGCGCUCUUCAUCGUCGCUGAACUCGAAUCCUUUCAUCACCUCUCCAUUGUCGGCUUCUACCUCCUCGUCCCCUUCGUCCCAUAAACACACAAACGCACACUCGACACCGUCAUCCACCUCGAGCUCAGACUCAUACGACGGAGUAUUCGCGACGGUUUUCCCGACUUUGGUGCAGUCAGUGGCUCGGAAGCUGACUAACACCCCGACAGCGAGUGGCACCGCGAGGAAACGCGGUGGUUUGACGCGUUCGAGUAGUUCGCCAUCUACAGUAUCCUCACUAUGUGUGCAGCAAAGUGACCAUUCCGGAGCACGGACGUCGCAGAAACGCACGUUGAAGCGGGUCGCGAGUAUGCACUCUAUGGAUGUUGACAUGGACGAAAAUAACAGCAAUGCGUCUAUGGAGGUUGAUAGCGAUGAUCAGAGUCUGGCAGGACAAAGACAAGGCAAGGGCAGUGAAGAUACAUUGUCGUCAGUUGAUCUCUCGCAGACAUUCCAGCCACACAUAACGUCCACCCCGCACGAUAAUCACUCUAUUGACAAGCUCCCAACUACGCCGUCCGUUUGGUCCCAGACCCAGUCUCGAUCGCGGAGUCAAUCGCAGCCACGUACAGAGUCCUCGUCUCAUCCUAGCUCUCAAUCCACCGCGUCGGCUUUCAACGACUCGAUCGUCGACUCAAAAUUUUCCCAGCUCGCAAACCAGCCGCCGAGUCAACCACAAGCGAGUCAAGGUCAAACCAGGCUGAGCCAACCAUUCCGACCUCCCCUUCCCCCCAGUCAUGUCAACGCCAGGAGAGGGGCGCCGCGAUUGGGUAUGCGACCCACAGCAGCGGCUCCAGUGCGGAGAGGAGGGUUCAAAGUGCCUUUGUUGCCCGACAAGGCGCGGAAGGCACGGCUAGAAGAGAUCCAGAGGGUCUUGGAUUCGGAUGCGAGUUCGUCGAGUCAAGGUUCGUCGAGUUCGUCAAGUUCGGGUUCGAGUACGGGACUAUCCUCUGCGGGGUCCUCGCUGCCGUCGUCCCCAGAGAGCUGUCCAUCUCCAUCCAUCGCCACAUCGGCUACCGUGUUCAACUCGAAGUCAAAACCGAACACGGACUUGAAUCGCGCUAAGAGUUCGAUACGCUCAGAGCAGUUGGAGGAUAUGGACGAAAUGGAAGAAGGAAAUUCCUCAUUCGGGGAUAUAUCGUUCGAGCUGGAGUGGAAUGAGGAGGUGGAGAACAUGCUACGGAAGCAGGGUGUUUAA